UGAUGUGAUGUCUCCUCUGCUGUGAUUGGAUUGUGUCCUUGUCGCUCCGCUGUAACGCGGACGCAUCGAUUGUUGCGCACAGGGACCGAUUUUACGCACGGGAAUUAAACGACGAGUAUUUGAGAGAAAUAGCGAGGAGCUACACUUGUGAUAUGUAUUGACACUCCUCCACGUGUCUCUGGUGAUGUCUGCGUCAGGAUGUGAGCGUCCGCCUCUGGGUCACGUGACACUGAACAGAAACCUAUAUCAGUUCCUCCGAAAUGGAACCGAAACUGAUCGUGUCUCUUGUUGUCCCUGUUUCCCUUUUCUUUCCCUCCUUCUUGCGCCAGUCGGUCAGAUAAAUCCCCCGAAAUCUGGUGCAAUAGUUCGACAAAACGUCUUUAUAAAAGUGCAUACAGUGUCGUCUGAGGUGUUUACACGAUAGAAGCUUCGGACAGGACCUGACUUACCCGAUGCGAGAGGACCAGCUCAACACAGUCUACUACAGGGCAGUUUAGUGAUUUAGAAGUUCCACGUUCCGUGCUUGAUCUAUGAUUCCCGUCUUGCAUGUUGCUGUUAUAUCUGUCUGAGUCAUCUGAUCACCGGGAGGCUGCAGGACCACACACUUCCCACUAUUAACACCUGUGCCACUGGUUUGAACUCCUCUAGGUGCUCCCUCUGUGCUACCGGCCUGCCCUGACUUUCCACCAGGGCCUGCAGGACCCACACUCGUACAGAAGCUGCACAGUCAGCUGCACCGGCCCCCUUCACGCUCACCCCCUGCGCUAUGAGCAGAGGUAGAGGAGGGCCUCCCAGAGAACACUACCACCAGUAUCCACUACCCCACCUCCAGGCCAAGGACAAUUACAACAGGCCUGGCCCGUCCUCACUCUUCCCCAGAGCUGACCCGCAACUAAGACCAUUUUCAAGUUACUACAACAGCCCUGCCCCUCCUGUAGUGUCCACACAGCUCCCAGCUCCCUUUCUCAUCCCCUCUGCCCCACCCAUACCAAGCCACAAUAAAGUAGCCCAGAAACCAGUGACCCCUAACAAUUCACAUUAUCAGAACCACUUUCCCUGUCCUGCACCAAACUCAUUUAAGUACCAACAGGCAGAGUUCCUGAGAGGACAAAGCUCAGAGGCUCCACAGUUCAGAGCCGGUCUGCGAGGAGGGGGAGUGGUACCAGGUAGGCUGACCAGAUCCUCACAUCAGUCCCAGUCAGGGUACAGUAGAUUUCAAAAUCCUAACAGCAGCCCCAGGGGUAGAGGUGGGUAUAGCCAGGAGAAUAGCUUUGCAUACUCGCACAGUGUUGGACCCCAGCAAGGCCAUCGACACCUGAAUCAAACUCAUUUGCAAGGUAAAAAACACAACCAACACUCCAACAGACAAUGGUGCGGUCAAACCGACUCUCUUUGUGACAACUUUCAUAGUUUGUCUCUUCAUGGAGACUGGCCCAACAGAGGAGACAGGUUUGAGACACAUUCUGUAUCAAGCAGCUCAGCAGCUUCAAGCUUCAGUAAGAUCAACAUCACUCUCACUCCUGCCAUUCAGGACCAGGUACACAGGGCUUUGGCUGCGUUAAAGCCAACUGAGAGCAUCCCUGCAAAAGUGUUAGCCAAAAAGCUGCGUCUGCCCAAAAAGAUAGUGAACAAGGCCCUGUACUUGCUUGAACGCUCACAGAAAGCCUCUAAGCAAGGACUCCUCCCCCCUGAGUGGAGCCUUUACAGAGAACCUCUCAAUUCUGCAGAAUAUCACAACUCUCAAGCUCAAACGUCUCUAUCCUAUCUGUGUGUCGGUGUAGAGCAACCCCAACAACCUGAAGUCAAGGUUGAGCUUAAUACAGAGACAGUAGAGAAUAGGGGACAGGCCAAAGACGAGGACUCUGACACAGAAUCCAGUUUUUCGUACGGCUCUUCCUUGGAGUCAUCGGACCUUGAAGGAUCCGGGUCAUCAGUAAAAGGUCAGCACAAGAAUCAAUAUUGCAGCAGCAUCACCUCCCGUGAUCAGGAACUUCCCACAAUGACAGACCAAAAGGAGCUAGUACUCCGCUACCUCCUGGAGUCAGGAGAGGCAACCGCUCUUGUCAUAGCCAAAAAUCUGGGUUUAAGGAGUGCCAAGCAGGUCAAUCCCACACUUUAUGCUCUGGAGAAGCAAGGCGAAGUCGUUAAGAAUGGCGAAGUCAAUCCUUCUACCUGGGAGCUCUCCACCCGCCGCAGAGGGAGAAUGGAGAGGAGCCUCAAAGCUGCACAGAGCACCCCAGCUGAGGUGGUUCCGAUGGAGGAGGAUUGGAUGUCGCAGUCUGAUUCCUCCCUCCAGCGCCCCUCUUUUAGCCCAUGUAAAGCCAAAGAGACCAACGAAGGACAGUGGGCCACCGACGAUAUCCCAGUGUUCCUCAAUGCCAUUCGCAGGGAAACAGAUGCUGGAAAACUGGCGGCAGAGAAAACCAAUGCUGUGGGAACUGUCGCUGUCUCGCUGGCUGCCCCGCCUCCCCAGAACCUGUGGGCCAAGUUACAGGAAGUGAGGCUGAAGAACCCAGUCAGCGGCCUCAUGGAGUAUGCCCAGUAUCUGGGCCAGAACUGUGAGUUCUUGCUCCUUGACCAGUCGGGACCCUCCCACGACCCAAGAUUCCGUAUGCAGGUGAUGCUCAAUGGCCGAUUGUUUCCCAUCACAGAAGCUUCCAGUAAGAAGGUUGCAAAAAAGGAUGCGGCUGCGGCCACUCUGCGCAUUCUUAUCGCAGAGAUGGAGGGAGGGGCGAGCACAGGGGACAAUGGAAAUGCUGAAAGCACAGACAAAGUCAUGGAUCUACAACCUGACACCAGCGGGCCAGCUGAAAGCAUAGGAGACAUUUUUGGGUCCGGUGGUGUGGAAGGGAUAGAGAUGUCGGAGGGACCUCGCCAGCCGCUGUCCCGCUCUCUGCCUGGUGGGAAAAAUCCAGUGUCCGUCCUAAUGGAGUACAGCCAGCGCAGCGGGAACCCUAUCGAGUUUAUCAUCACCGGGCAGGCAGGCCCACCACAUGACCCACGGUUCAUGUACAGGGUGAAAGUUGGGGAGAACUUGUUUGCAGAGUCGUCUGCUCCAAGUAAGAAGGCAGCCCGGCAGCUGGCAGCAGAGGAGGCCGUCAAAGAAUUAAUGGCUGACGGGAGGUUGCAGCUCAACAAGCCUCAGUUGCCCCUAGGCUCCUCCAGUGAUAGUGAUGGUUCUGGGACCACGUGUCCCUCUCUGCCUCCUCUGACUGUAGAUGAGUUGCGAGCAGCUCAUGAGGCAGGGGUUGGGGACCUCAUCAACCACCUGAACAACAACGCAGUGUCAGGUCUUCUGGAGUACGCCAGAGCCCGUGGCUUUGCUGCAGAGAUCCGCCUCGUUGGCCAGUCCGGGCCAGCACAUGAGCCUAAGUUCACCUACCAGGCUAAGCUCGGUGGGCGGUGGUUUCCUCCAGUCUGUGCAUCCAACAAGAAACAGGGAAAACAGGAAGCAGCAGAUGCCGCUCUCCGGGUUCUGAUUGGAGAAGCUGAGAGGGCAGCCCGCACUGGGGAGCUUAUCCCGGCCGAGCUUCCAGUGAGUGGCAGCACUUUGCACGACCAGAUAGCGAUGUUGAGUCACCAGCGUUUCAAUGCCUUGACGACACGUAUCCAGCACAGCCUUCUGGGACGGAAAAUCCUGGCUACCAUCGUCAUGAGGAAGGGGGAGGGACUAGGGACUGUUGUCAGCCUGGGAACUGGAAAUCGCUGCGUUAAAGGGGAAGAGCUGAGCCUUAAAGGGGAGACAGUUAAUGACUGCCAUGCUGAAAUUAUUUCCAGAAGGGGAUUUCUUAGGUAUCUGUACAGCGAGCUGCUGAAGCACUACGAUGGCGCAGAGGACAGUAUAUUUGAGCCGGCGGAGGACAGCAAACUGCGGAUCAAAUCUGACAUCACCUUUCACCUUUACAUCAGCACAGCACCGUGUGGGGAUGGGGCUCUGUUUGAUAAGUCCUGCAGUGAGUCCGGAGAUGACGUCGAGGGCCACCAGCCUCUGUUUGAGAAUACAAAGCAGGGAAAGCUCCGCACCAAAGUGGAGAACGGUGAGGGCACCAUCCCAGUGGAGUCGAGUGCCAUUGUGCCGACCUGGGACGGCAUCCAGCAUGGAGAGAGGCUGCGGACCAUGAGUUGCAGUGAUAAGAUCCUGCGCUGGAACGUACUGGGCCUGCAGGGGGCAUUGCUCACCCAUUUCAUGCAUCCCAUCUACCUAAAGUCCAUCACACUUGGUUAUCUCUACAGCCACGGUCACCUGACACGUGCUGUCUGCUGUCGACUGGCUAGGGACGGUGAAGUGUUUGUCGAGAGUCUUCCUAGUCCAUUCAUGCUCAACCACCCAGAGGUGGGCAGGGUGAGUGUGUACGACUCCACACGUCACACGGGAAAGACCAAAGAGUCCAGUGUGAACUGGAGCUUUCCAGACCAGCACAGUGUAGAGGUGCUGGACGGGACCAAAGGCAAACUGGAUGGGAACAAACAGAGCGUGUCCCGUGUGUCCAAGUCCAACUUGUUCUGUCUGUUCCGCUCUCUGUGUCAGCGGUGUGGCCGCACAGACCUCCUCUCCCUGUCAUCAUAUGCCCACGCCAAGAUAGCGGCCAUGUCCUUCCAAUUAGCAAAGCAGCAGUUCUUCCAAGGUCUCGGCGUCCACGGUUACGGUGCCUGGAUCAGCAAACCGCUGGAAGAGAAGAGCUUCGAGUCAGGAGAGGGAACGUGGAAAAAUGGAGCAAGUUUCCCUGUGGGAUAUGGCGGCAGUAGAAACGGAGGAGCGUUAGAGCCCAAGCAGGAGGAGGCAUAGAACAGUGCAUUAUUAAGUGAGUAUAUAACUGUGGAGGAAGAAAAAAGCACAAGCCAGGGGCACAUGUGAAGGGAGAAAGAAAAGGACAAUCAAACUAUGUGUAGCCAGUGGCCAGAACCGUAACAUCUGAUGGAACGUGGUUAACGGCUGCUGAGGAAGAGCGAUAGAAAAGAACAAUGUGAAUGAGAGGGAGACGACAAGGGCAAAGCCUGAUGGCUGAAUGUGGUCAGAGUGGACACACAGAGCUUAGAAAGAGAUUCAGAGGGAAAACAAAAAGAUAUAAACACUACAUGAAAAAGGAAUUGGUUUGAAGUCAAUAAAUCAACCUGACAAGCACUGCUACAAAGCUGAUCUGUUAGUUUACCAGAUGAUAACUGCUUGUGUCUUGAUCCUAUACGUUAUUUUCAGAUUGUAAUUUCAAUUUGUCUUUGUGAUAAUAGUGCUUCACUCAGUUUUUCUGACCAUUGAGAUUAUUCAGCUUCAUUUGGCAAGUGUUUGUUUGAUUUUUGCCAUGAGAGCUUGAGUAGCUGACUAGUGCUGCUAAUUUAGUGUUCAGCCUAUCACAAGCCUGCAUUGUCGCAGUGUUUGUAUAUGUUAAGUUGAAUUAGCAUUCAGAUGUCAUGAAGUGAUUAUUAUUUGUUCUACUCCCUGUGUUCUACUUCAUGGAAACACAUGCAACUGCUUUAUGACAAAGAGCAAAAACAACAGUGGUCUUUUUUUUUUUUUUUUCAGUCAUCGAUUGACUCAAUGUACUUAAUCUGGAAAUCAGUACUUGCUGGCUACAGUCGCAGCUUACAUUGUAAAUUCAUAACUUUCACUGUAAAUGAGACCAUCAAUAAAAACGUACUCUGAUCAG